GAAAAUUUUUUUCUGCUAAAAAGAGUUUCCAUUUCUUUACUCUUUCGUAUUUUUUACAAGAAAGCAUCGUCCCAUAAUCCUUCAGAGUUAGACACAAUGGGAAACAUCUGGUCGAAAACUAGCAACGAUAAUAAUGUCAGCACAAACGAUCAACAAGAUGAUAAAAAUGCGCCCAGGAUUGGUGCAAAACGUCCAGCAUCAGCCUCAACGUCGACUACUGAUGAGACCAUUUCAGAUCCAACAUUGAAACAAAAGAAAAAGAAAUAUACUAAAUACAGUAAAAAAGGACGAAAAGAUAAACGACAGGUUGACAAUAGAUCUUACGGCACUAGGAAGGAGAAAGAAGAAGACACUGAUAAAAAUGUGGGAGAACAACACGACAGUGACAAAGCUGCAGUGGGUGAAUCGAAAGGACCGCGUAUCCCUAAAAUCAAAGCAGCUCUGUUAGUUGGGUACAACGGUACAGGAUAUCAAGGCAUGCAAUUAAAUCCUAAUGCAGCCUCGAUUGAAGGUGUCAUUUUUGAUGCUUUAUGUAAAGCAGAAGCCAUCUCUAAAGACAAUGCAGAUGAUCCUCGCAAAUCCAAUUGGAUGCGGGCUGCCCGUACUGACAAAGGCGUGCAUGCCGCCGGCAAUAUCCUUUCGCUAAAAAUGCAGAUCCCUCCACACAUCCCCGACCUCGUUGAACACAUCAAUUCAUUCCUUCCACCUCAAAUUCGCGUAUGGGGUUAUGUACAAACUAUUCGCUCUUUUCAUUCAAAAAACCUCUGCGAUUCACGUAUAUAUGAAUAUCUCUUACCUACCUGCGCUUUUAUGGAACCUAUUAAGCAAGAGCUGACGGAUCACCCUCAGUUUGAAGAUGAUCUUGUUAUUGCCAAUAAGAACUUGGAACACACCACGAUCAAAUAUACACCAAGAAGCUCUCCAGAAGUUAUUAAAAAACGACAUGAUUAUCGCGCCACCCCAGAACAACUGUUAAAAUUCAAACUAGCGAUGAAGAUGUUUGAAGGAACUCAUAACUUUCAUAAUUAUACAAAUGGCAAAUCGUUCAAAGAUCAAAGUUCAAAGCGAUUUAUGAAGACGAUCGAUGUAUCAGAACCUAUGUAUAUUCAUGGCUCGGAGUGGGUGAAAAUCACUUUGCAUGGGCAAUCAUUCAUGUUGCAUCAAAUUCGUAAAAUGAUAUCAAUGGGCAUGUUGGUUACCCGUACAAAUACACCUCUUCAUCUCAUUCCUAAAACUUUUGAAGAGAAUCGCAUCAAUAUUCCCAAAGCACCUGCGUUGGGUCUGCUACUAGAACGCCCUAUUUUCCAUAUUUAUAAUACAAAAGUGCGUACAAAAUCAGAAGCGGAAAGAGAAGAAAUCGAUUUUGAUAAAUACAAAGAUCGUAUUGAGCAAUUCAAAAGAGAAUGGAUUUAUGACAAGAUCUUUGACGCAGAAAACGAGCGACACAUUUUUGAUGGUUAUUUGACAUCCUUGGAUGCCCAUUAUGGACCUGAUUAUCUCUACCUUAAUCCAGAAGGUGUCAUACCGGAAGAAUGUUUGGUGAAAACCAAGUUCAAUAGCAACGCCAAUGCUGCAACUAAGCAAGGCGGUAGAAAGAAGAAGAAAGAUUCUGACGAAGAAGUUGAAGAAGAGGAAGAUGGCCAAUUAUAAAUAAAUGGUUUUUUAUUUUUU